AUGGGUAUUCGUUUGCCCUCAGUGAUUAGUAACGCGAAGCAAAUCCUCAAACUGCAGUCUGUCCAUAUUAGAAGUCAGUCGGAUGUUCCAAAAGGGCAUUUUGCAGUUUAUGUGGGAGAAAUUCAGAAGAAGCGAUUUGUGGUACCAAUAUCUUACUUGAAUCAUCCUUCAUUCCAAGACUUGUUGCAGCAGGCAGAGGAAGAGUUUGGAUUUAAUCAUUCUAUGGGUGGUCUAACAAUUCCUUGCAAAGAAGAGACUUUCAUUGAUCUUGCUUCUCAAUUGAGUGCCUCAUAA